GCGGGUUCGACAUCUUCUGCCAACAGAGCCAUUCCGUUGACUGCGUUUCAAUUGCUGGCCCCGUGCCAGUGCGCCGUACGUCACAAUGGUUUCAUCUUUCUGCUGGAGCUGCCUCUCGCAGCUUCGUCCGACAAUGACUCGCACUCUCGUGUCUCCGCCGUCAACAACGCCGAGGGCCAUUGCAGCAUUCCACACGUCGUCGGUGCUCUACGCGCUGCCACCAAAGAAGAAAAGCAAUAUCGAUGGACCCCCCAAGUACCGCCAAGCCAAAUCAGCCCGGAUGAAGAAGAAGAACCGCGUAGAGCGUCCUCGCCCGCCGCCCGUGGGUGAGCGAAGGGCGCUCCGGAAACGUAUUGUCCUCAGCAACCCUAAUGCCCUCGAAGUGCCCGGCAUGCUGGACCUGUCCUCACAGACGAUGGUUGAUGAAAGCCUGCAUGGCUCUGUUGUCGGACUUCCUGUGCCGAUGUUGGAUCAAUUGAGGGCCGUCCAGGCCUUCAAGCCUAAACAGGGCUGGUCGAUAUUCCGUCGUCCAGGGACGGUGAUGAGAAGUGAGACGUUGGAGAUGGGUCGGUUAUUCGAUACCAUCGGGGGUGACGGAGAGGACAAAGGGAAAGUAGUCAAAAGGGUCAUUACGGGUUUGAGGGGUUCAGGGAAAAGCGUGCAUUUACUCCAGGCGAUGGCUAUGGCUUUCGUUAAGAAAUGGGUUGUUAUCAGUGUUCCCGAAGCUCAGGACUUGGUCAUCGCACAUACCAAUUACUCCCCAUUGGAAGGUACCGACCCAACUCUCUAUGUUCAGGGUGACGCAACGGCAGCUUUACUCUUUCGUACGGUUGCUGCCAACAAGGAGGUUCUAGCGGGUCUCCGAAUCUCCCAGCAGCAUCCAGCCCUGAAGUCGCUCGUCAAGCCUAACAUGACCCUGGAGGAUCUUGCAAAUAUCGGUAUUCGGGACCACGCUGCCGCCUGGUCCGUCUUUCAGGCCUUGUGGGCUGAGCUGACAGCCACCGCACCCGCUCCUGGCUUGGACAAGAACUUCAAAGCUCGUCCUCCUAUGUUGGUCACCGUGGAUGGCCUAGCGCAUUGGAUGAGAAACUCCGAGUACCGCAGCGCCGAGUUUGAACCUAUUCACGCCCAUGACCUCGUCUUCGUUAGGCAUUUCUUGUCUUUGUUAAAGUCAGGCGUUGACAAGCCCACGCUCCCCAAUGGUGGUCUGCUCCUCUACGCUACUUCCGCCUCAAACAGCCCGUCCAUCUAUAGCUUUGAUGUCGCAUUGAAGCAGAUCGCUGCCCGGCAAGCCGGUGUAGCUCCUUCUUCUCCGGAUUUCCCACAGGCCGACCCAUAUGCCCGCGCUGACGCGCGCGUUCUCGAUGUCUUUGCCUCCAAGAAGCCUAGAUCGGCCAAGGAAGGCCCGCUUGAGCUCCAGACCCUGGGUGGCGUCACCCGCGAGGAAGCAAAAGGAUAUAUGGAAUACUUUGCGCUUAGUGGCCUUCUCCGUGAGAACAUCAACGACGAGUGGGUUGGUGAAAAGUGGACUCUUGCUGGUGGUGGUGUCAUCGGAGAGCUUGAGAAGCUGGGCAGACGGGUACGGGUGAUUGCCUAGACACGUCCGUCUAUCCGUCAAUUUCGUCCACAAAGUCGAUUAUUGAUAUUAAUGACGUUGCUGGUUUCCUAUUUCCCAAGUAUCACCCUAAAUACUCUCUUGGUCCCGUUUCCCUUCAUAUGAUACUGGUUGCUCGUUAUAUAACUCCGUUUCUCACCAUGUCAUGACCUUCAACCAAGUAGGUGACGGGCUCUAUCUUUUUUUUCCUUCUUAUUUUGCUUACUUUUUCGGUGCCAUUGUUGCAUUUUUGGACAUACGCUGUAUUUUAUCUGUCUUCUGUUUGGUUUCUGCUGUGUACACUUUAUCUGUAUUCGUAGAAUGGAAAUUAAAAGAGUAUGGGA